GUACCACAGAAGGAUUGCUCGCUCACGUCACUCACGCCAACUUGAAGUUAGUUAGCACAAAGUAGCUGGUGGAGGGGUUGGAGAGUAUCACGAGUGUGGUGCCUUUUGUUGCUUUUCCCUUUAAGUGUUAAACGAUGCGGCGCGGGGACCAUGUGUCGCAUGCGUUCCAGGCCCCGGUGGACGUCCACGCCAGCGCCGAUGGCCAGGUUUACAUGUUCAAGAGUAAAGCCAACGGCACAGCUGUGUCAUCGGAUGAGGAGGAAGAGGACGAGUUGGAGGAGCUGGGCCUGACGGAAAUAAGACCUCGGGCAUUCCAAGAGUUGGAGCAGGACAGGCUGGGGAGUUUUCACCUGCUGGAACGUGACGUGUUGGACGGCGACAAUCUCAAUAAACUGGCCUUGCAGUACGGAUGCAAGGUGGCAGACAUAAAGCGUGUGAACAACCUCAUGCAGGAGCAGGAUUUAUUUGCACUAAAAACCAUCAAAAUUCCCGUUCCCAAGCACAGCCUUUUAACAGAAUUGGAGGCCAGCCCAAGUAACUCUUUCAAGGAAACGCCAGUCAAGCCGCAGCCAAACAGACACCAAGUGAUGGACUUCCUCAUCGAAGUGGACAACGACACGGAGAAGCUGAUCCCGAACUCGGACGACUUUGACAUGGAUCUGUUGGAUGGCGGUUCCAAAAGGUCCGUCGUCAAAGGGCAGAAGGGUCAGGGAGCGGACUGGGGCAUCCAGUGGUGGAACGCCGUGGUGGCCAUGCUGCUGAUCGGCAUCAUCCUGCCCUUGUUUUACAUCAUUUACUUCAAAACGCAACACGGCGGUGAAGCCUCACCAGCAGGUGGCAGCGUCACCUCCUCCAUCGCGCCUAACAGGACUGGGACCGGCUCCUUUGGUACUGGUGCACCCGAACCAGGAUAGAACGCAGCGUUUGGAUUUCGUGAAACUGAAUAUCUUGAUCACGUGCAAUACCCGCCUUGUUGUUGUUGGGUUUUGUUUUGUUUUUUAAGUCGCCUUUCAACAACCAGUUGCACUCAUGUCAACUUAAAUUCAUCACCCAACAAAAGUUUUAUUCUUUACUGUUACUUGUGCGAUUUCACGGUAAUUAUUUCGUAUUUUCAACCUCAUUCGACACACUGAAUUAUCGUAGCUAAUUAAAAACACAUCUCUAGCGACAGUGUUCUCCACCACAUUGGCAGUUCAAUAUUGAGUUUUAUCUCCGUGCAUUUUUGGUUCUGUGAAACCUUCUUUUAUUUCCUGAGACUUCUUCACGGUUUUUGUGCGCUUUCCGAUGACAGAGGCAGCAAACACUUGGACAAUCGAAAAGUAAUGCUGCGGCGCCAUCUUCGUGACAAGGAACCAUGUCGAAAUAAGGGGAAUCAAAAGCACCAUCGAAUAGAAAAGUAGUGCCUCGGUGCCAUCCGGAAAGGUGGCUGUGACUCAGGUGCUUGAGCGCAUCACCCAAUGACCAAAGGGUCAGCGGUCGGUUUCUCGUCUCUGACUGCCUGCUGUUGAAGUGUCCUUAGGCAAGAGACUGAACCCUAAUUUGCCCCCAGGUCGACAUUAGAAAUGAGAGACUUAAGACCUAUGCCUUACCUGGUUAAACAACGAGGCAUCAAGUAUUAGUGUUGUAUCACUGUAAUCCACACGCACCUGAUAGCCCCCAAAGGACCACAUCAGUAGUCUAAAAAUAGCUCGCCGUUAUAAUUUCCUAGAAAUGUUGAACAAUUUGGUGAAUAGUGAACCAUGGAUAUACAGUAUGGAAAAGUUACUGUGCCUUGACUGUGUUCUAGUAAAGCGACAGUUGUGUGUUGGAUCGUAUGUAAUGAGUCUGUGCGCUGCUGUAUUUAAAGCUAAUUUAUGUUUUUGUGUGCGUGAGAUUAUUAAUUUUUGCAUUGUUCACCAAGGCUGGAUUCACACUACGGGUUCCGAGUGACCAUUUCUGAUUCAAGUGGACUGUAUCACUUAUGCCAGGGGUGUCAAACUCAUUUUUGUCACGGUCCACAUUGUAGUUCCGAUUUCCCUCGGAGGGCCGUUAUGAAUUUUGGUAAACCAUAAAAAUGUUUAAUCCCCUCCACAUCUUACAUACAGCGCAAAACAAAAUGAUGAUUCACUCAUUUUAAAUCAGAAGUCAAGAAUAAUGACUGUUAUUGUGGAUUACAUAGGACAAUUUGACAUUUUGGUUCAGACUUUAGCAAGCAUCAUGGAACUUGACACGUGUAAUUUGUUUUCGCGGGCCACAUAAAAUGAUGUGGCGGGCCAAAUCUGGCCCCCGGGCCUCGACUUUGACACCUGUGACUUAUGCAAUGCAAUUUUUUUGGGGGUGGGGGGAAUGAAACACAAUUGGAAGAGGCCUUAUUCCGUGCAAAAGUGUUUUUAUCGACAUUGGCGUGGUUCCUAUCCCAAACGAGUCACUUGACACACACAGUUUAAAUCCAGCCUUGUUGCUCGUGCCGAGUGGACCCGAAUGGUGUGCCAAACGUGUGAACUGUGUUUCCAAAAGAACAAGGUAGUGCAAUAAUGGAUGUGUUUCUGCAUUUUAGGUUGUAACUUGAUCCAAUGUGGACAUUAUGUGUGAAAUGAUCACCCAAGGGUGCCUUCAACCUCUUCUGUUAAAUGCAAAUUCUGAAAUGUACACCUUUUUUGGACAUUGUAAGACUUCAGGGAGUUUUGACUACAUUGUAACAGAUUAGCAUCAAACAUAGACAAAUGACAAUUUUGGGGGUGAUUUUCAAACUGGAUUGAAUCUUGACAGUGA